CAUUUUGUUUGUUUAUAUUUGGUAACAUCGACAUAGAACAAAGUUUGGAAAUGUCAACAAUCGUUGUCUUGUUGUCUUGAGGAGUUGUAAACAUAUAUUAUUAUUAUUAUUAUUUAUUUUUAACAUGCAAGAAAUAAGCGGCGUACCUUUAAGAAUAAGCCUACCAGCUUUUAAAAUAAACGAACUUGCAACAAUGAAAUCCACCCUUCGUGUAAUUGCAAGAAAGGUUGCGAUUUGUAAUGACGCACUAAGUUAUCCGUCCCAUACAGUCCGGGCCACCUUGUCUCCUGUAAUUUAAACAGGGCAUGAGUAAAAUGCUAAUAUGAGUGGUUACAUAAGAGACUUGAUAUCGGUGAAGUCAUGCUUUUAUUUUUUUUUUAAUUAAUUUGUUUGCAGUAUAUUUAAGUAUUAUGCAAGGACCUUAUUAUGAAAGGAUCUUAAUAAAAUGAAAGUUAAUUUUACAGUAUACUUUAAUCUGGUUAUAAUAUCAUAGCUUUAAACACAAUGGCUGAGCUCGAGCUUAAAUAAACAGUGGUGUUGGUAGCAUUUGCCCAGUGUUGCACUGAAUAUCGAAAUUGCUAGAACUCGUAUGAUUGUGCUGUUAGUGUUAGUUUUUUCUACAGCAGUAUACCGUAAAACAGCAUGGUUUUGUGUUGGUUCUUAAUUGCUAAAAAAAAAAAAACUUCUGUUUUUAUUCAUACAGUAAAGAGGUGGAUUGACUGGUUACUGUAAAUUUAAGUAAAGUCGACCGAUAUCUGAAACUAUAUAUUUCCAUUGAAUUUGGUGUAAGGAUGGAUUGGGCACCAGUGCGUGAUACAUGUAGGGGCAUGCCCCUGGCACGGGCGAGAGACAACUUUACAGAUGAUGCUGGCAGAUUUGUUCUCACUUAUAAAACUAAACUAAACUAAAAAGCAAAGUGCGCAGUUAAGCAGGCACCGAUGUUACUUCUUUUCUUUCAGGCCAGGAGAGGCGUAUCUUUAGUUCCAUUCACUGUUCUUUUGCAGCAGAUUCACAAUAAAACAUGGCGACAGAAUGUCAGGCGUGGCUUAAUGUGGAAAACAGCUCCUUGCUCUCUAGCGACGAUGAAAAGGUGGUAACCCUGAACACUGAUGAUGAGAUCAAUGGGAACUGGAUCACAGCAACCUCAUCCACCGUCCAUGAGGCUCGGGUGAAGGCCAAAGCAAAGAGACGCCUCCGGAAGAACUCGUCUCGAGACUCCGGGCGGGGGGACUCCCUCAGCGAUAACGGGGAGAGCGUCCGAGCUGUGCCUGUCACUCCCACCAGCCCCAAGGGAAAGCUGCUGGACAGAAAGUCCCGGUCUGGGAAAGGGAGAGGUCUGCCAAAGAAAGGUGGAGCAGGAGGUAAAGGGGUUUGGGGCUAUCCUGGUGAGGUGUAUGAUCUUGAAGAAGUCGAUGUCAGGGAUCCCAAUUAUGAUGAGGACCAGGAGAACUGUGUGUAUGAAACUGUCGUCUUGCCCUUGGAUGAAGGAGUCUUUGAGAAGACUGUGACACCAAUUGUCCAGGAAUACUUUGAACAUGGAGACACAAAUGAAGUUGCGGAGCUGCUGCGUGAGCUGAACCUGGGUGAGAUGAAGAGUGGCGUGCCAAUGUUGGCAGUAUCGCUUGCGCUGGAGGCUAAAGCAAGCCACCGAGAGCUGACAUCCAGGCUCCUGACUGACCUGUGUGGGAAGCUGUUGAGCAGAGAUGAUGUGGAGAAAUCGUUUGACAGGCUCCUCAGGGAGCUGCCAGAGCUAGUCCUCGACACUCCAGGGGCACCACAGCUUGUUGGUCAGUUCAUUGCGCGGGCAGUUGGGGAUAAGAUUCUCUCCAAGGAUUACAUUGAGAGCUACAAAGGGAAAGUGGACUGUGACCAUGCCAGAGCUGCUUUGGACAAGGCAGCAGUACUCCUCAAAAUGAGUAAGGGAGGACUGUGGGGAACAGGAGGAGGUCAGCGACCUGUCAAUCAGUUAAUGAAAGAGAUUGACCUAUUGCUGAAGGAGUACCUGCUGUCAGGUGAUGUAGCAGAAGCAGAGAGGUGCCUGCAGGAACUGGAAGUGCCACAUUUUUACCAUGAGUUUAUCUAUGAGGCAGUGGUCAUGGUUUUGGAAUCCACUGGAGAAACCACAUUUAAAAUGGUGCUGCAGCUACUGAAAUUUCUGUGGGAGUCCUCUGUCAUUACUGUAGACCAAAUGAGAAGGGGUUUUGAAAGAGUUUACAUGGAAAUUCCAGAGAUUAACAUAGAUGUGCCACAUGCCUAUUCUGUGCUGGAGCAAUUUGUGGAACAGAGCUUUAACGCAGGUGUUAUCACCAAAAAACUGAGGGACCUUUGCCCAUGCAGGGGACGUAAAAGGUUUGUAAGUGAAGGAGAUGGUGGACGCCUUAAACUUGAAAGCAACUGAAGAGAAGCUGCAGAAGCCUCUGUGCCAGCUCUACUCGAACCCUAGAGUUGCUUUACGCUAUUCAUAUUCAUGGUGUAACAGUUCAGAUACAAAACAUUACUUGUAAAGCCUAUAGAGUGUAAACCAUGAAAAAGGGGAACCAAAAAGCCCCCCCCCCCCCCCCCCCUUUUUUUUCUUUGGGGGCUGGGGUUUUUAAAAGCACACCCGGUUGGUGUUUUGAAAUACGCUAACCCUGUUGAAAGUGCCACACUUCAAUUAGUCAUUCCAUGUUUGUAUCACUGUCGCUUGUUUUCCUGACAGCAUUGUAUUUGUAUGAACCACUGGUUUGUGUAUAAAGCUUUAUAUUAGGGGUAAUGUUUUGUGCUGUGUAGCACAGCCCCAUUCCACCCCUGUUGGCUGCUAUUGUUCAUGUGCUGUGCUUAAGAAGAAAAAAAAAUGUUUGACAUUACAAAUACACUGUAAUUGGAAUUUUUAAAUGGCACAGAAAAAAAAAAAAUUCAGGGCAAAAUAAACCAUUUAUCUUUUAGGUGGGAUAACUGAAAUGGUAUUGUGAACAUCUAUUUUUGUAUUAAUCUGAAAAGUGAAAUGGAACUUUGGUCUUGCUCAGUGUCACUGUCAAGAAUAUAAAAUUUCUAUGAAGUUUAA